AUGACACCCCGCAUCAUCGACACGAUCAAAAAGGACCACCGGGAGAUUGAGUCAUAUUAUGGCAAGAUUAUUACCUCCAAGGACCCGGACGAACAGACCCGCUUCCAGAAUAUGUUUAUCUGGGCACUAGCUCGACACUCCAUCGGAGAAGAGCUUGUUCUAUAUCCUCUCUUUGAGAAAACACUCUCCGAUGGCGUACAAAUGGCCAAUAAGGACCGUGAUCAGCAUAUGCAAGUUAAAAAGCAACUGAAGGCGUUCCAAAAUAUGACACCUUCAGAUACGCAAUUUGUUCCUACCAUCAGGGAGCUCAUGGAGCACCUUUCCGAGCACAUCAAAGAGGAGGAGAGUGACGACUUGCCUCGACUGGAGGCAGCCUUGACUCAAGAGGAUAGUGAGGACUGUUCUAAGACCUUUGGCCGAACGAAGAUGUUCGUCCCUUCACGUUCUCACCCCAGUGCACCAGACAAGCCUCCGUACGAGACCGCUAUCGGGCUUCUGACGGCACCCAUCGAUCAUCUCGCCGACCUCUUCCGUAAGUGGCCUGAUACUUCGGGGAUGCCUAAUCCCACUACCAAAUAA